UCGGCUGUCAUUUAAUAAUAUUUGACAAUAGAGACAUGAUAAUGGUUUUUAAUUUUUUAUUUAUUUUCUAAAUUAAUAAAAUAUAUUUUUAUGGACAUUUAAUAAUUAUUUAUUAAGUUCGUGCUGCACAUUGUACUUGAAUGCUUAAAGUAGAAUAUUUUACGCAGCGUAUAUUGUUUGUAUAUUAAAUUAUUAUAGUGGACCCCUGAAUUUAUAUAAUGGUUGAGGAAAAAAAUAAGUCUUCACCAGAUGAGAAAUCUAAAGAGGACGUUAAACAAGAUAAGUCUGGACAACAAGGAAAAACUUGGGGUUAUGAUUUAUAUCCUGAGAGAAGAGGUACUUUUAAACCAAAAUUAGGAAGUGUUCUGAUUGGAAGAGAAGGUAAAGAGAAUAUAGACAAAUUAAAAUGUGAGAAAAAUGUUUUUGAAUGUGUAAAAAAUAGUCCAAUUGUAAAAGUUAUGAUGGCUGCUCUAAAAAGUUCUGGUUGUCCAAUUGAUAUACGGAGACAUAUAUCAUGUGAAGUUUGUGAUUAUUCUGUCAGUGGUGGUUAUGAUCCAGAAUUAAAUCAGAUUGUUGUUUGCCAAAAUGUUUCCACAAGACAAGGAAUGGUUCAAGGUGUUCUGGCGCAUGAAAUGAUCCACAUGUUCGACUACUGCCGCAAUGAGCUUGAUUUCAAGAAUAUGGAACACUUGGCAUGCACAGAGAUACGGGCCGCAAACCUUACCCACUGCUCAUUUGCUAGCGCGUGGUCCCAGGGCGAUGCCUCAUGGUUGAAGAUAAAACAAGCGCACCAGGACUGUGUAAAAACCAAAGCACUGUAUUCAGUGUUGGCUGUACGGCAGAUUGGCAAGAGAGAAGCUGUCGACAUAAUUGAAAAAGUCUUUCCAAAGUGCUAUGCAGAUUUGGAACCUAUUGGUAGGCGGAUAAGGAGAAACUCUGAUGAUAUGAUCAGAGCUUUCAAAGAAGCAGCAUAUUAUGGUUACGAGUAAGCAAAUAUUUUGUUAUGUCUGUAGAUAGUUAGUAGUAAAUAUGUACAUUAUGUAAUAAAGUAAAUUGUUGAUAUCAAUUAUAAAUAAAACAUCUAAAAUGAUUUAAAAUAGUGUCUUUUAUUUAUUACUCUAUAAUUUACUUAUGUAUCGCCUAAAAUCAUAGCUGUGUAUAAUACUGUCCCUUUCACAGAUUAUUUUAUUGUUAUAAGUAUAGAAAGCUAAAGGUGUGAAUAAUUCUAUAGGUACAAAAACAAAGUCUGGAAAGGCACAAAUUUUCGUUUACAGGACACAUUAUAUAUGAGGUCUGGGCACGUUAUGUUUACAAUAGAUAAUGUAAAACCCUAAAUAAUAACGUAGGUACUUUAAAUAAAUU